GCAAAACGGAACAAGGGCUGCCGCUUUGCCGUCGUCGAUGAGGAAAAGUCGGACGGACAGAGCGGACGGAGAGGAUCAAGGUCGCUGGGUCGCUAUCGGCUCGCUCACCAACGAGCUCUCAAGGUUCAUCAACUCCCUGCCCUCGAGUGGAUAUAGCAUCAAUUGGUCAUGUAUCCCUGAGUAAUACACCACAAAGAGCAUCGUAAAGGCCGAGACUCCAAGCAUAGCAGAGCGCAACUGCGGGCAGCGACCUCCAGCGAUAGACGGCUCGAAACGGAAUAGACGGCUCUCAGCAUCCUCUCCAGGCACACGACUAGCCAAUCACUGGCCACAAUAAUCUCUUCGUUCAGCAUGUCUCAAGCACCUUCAUCAUCCUCAGGCCUCGCCGCAUCCUCAGCGUCCCCAAUCCCCUCCCGCACCAUGGCACCUACCCCAUCCCCUCCGCGUGCACCGCAACCCUACCCUUUCUACCUCGGCGGCGUCGCAGCCUCAAUAGCAGCCUGCUUCACCCAUCCCCUGGACAUGGUCAAGACGCGCAUGCAGAACACCAACUCCUCUUCAUCUUCCGCCCCACGGCAAGGCAUGCUCCGCUUCCUCGCCCACACCUUGAAAGACGAAGGGCCCCGUGGUCUCUAUGUGGGUCUCAGCGCAUCCCUAUGCAGACAGAUGAGCUACUCCCUCGUUCGCUUCGGAGCCUAUGAUGCGCUCAAGGCUCAAGCACUAGCUUCGCAGCCCACGCUACCAGACGGAAGCAAGGCCAAGGUGCUUCCAGCUUGGAAGAUGGGUCUGUGCGCCUCCGCAGCGGGUGCGGUAGGCGGUGUAGCGGGCAAUUGGGCGGAUGUCCUCCUCGUCCGUAUGACGUCCGACGUGCUCAAGCCACCUCAAGAGCGCUUUGGCUACAGAAAUGCCAUCUCCGGUUUGUUCAGCAUGGUAUCGCAUGAAGGGCCGGGUUCCCUCUUCCGCGGUCUGGCGCCAAACGUCACAAGAGCGGUACUGAUGAAUGCGAGUCAGCUGGCAACGUACGACCUCUUCAAAUCUGCUUUGCUAGGCAGCGGCUACUACACUGAAGGCACUUGGUUGCACUUCUCUGCCAGCUUCCUCGCAGGCACAGUAGCGACGACGAUCUGCAGUCCUGCCGACGUCAUCAAGGCCAGAGUCAUGGCUGCGGGCAAGGGCGGUAAUUCAGAGGGGAUCGUAAAGACGAUCAAGACUGCGCUGGUCAAGGAAGGGCCGGGCUUCCUAUUUAGGGGAUGGACUCCAGCGUGGGUGAGGUUGAGUCCGAAUACGAUCUUGAUCUUUGUGACACUGGAGAAGUUGAAGGGAGGAGUGGAUUGGAUGAGAGGCCAGGGCGGAGCGGGCGGCGUUGUAGAGGAGGCCAAGAUGACGGUCAAGGGGGAGACACGGCGAAGCUCUUAGAAUCGAUAGAUGACAUUGCAACUUCGCAGCAUACACGUUCCGUCGCGCUCAUUUAGCGUCUCGGUGAUCAUCCUCAUCCAACCGUACUCCAAUCGAACGUGCUGCCCCUUGUCUUCCCACCAGGAUAGACGCGCGAAGCUCCACUUCCCGCAAACGCUCGUGGAGGCGGGAAGGCCGAGGAAGGCGAAAAGGUCAAAUUGCCAGACGUCGGCGGCGGUGAGGGGAUCCUUCCAGUCUUGCCCGCUGCGCCGCCCGAGAUCGAUGUGGACGAGACACUGCGCGAUGCUCCAUUGCUUCCCGCACC